AUGUCCUCAAUGUUGGAGGUUCGCGACAGCCGUCGUUCUAGAUCCAAAUCUCCCGGUGGAAGAGAGAGGUCAAGAUCAAGAUCUCACUCACGCGACGCUCGCGGAGACUUCGACCGCCGAGAACGUGAUCGAAGCAGUGACCACCGACGCUCCACCAAGUACUCUGGCUCCGAUGACGAUGCUGAGGACGAGCGCAGAUACAAGGACCAAAGAUCGAGCAGGAACUCGUACUACGCAGAGGAGGAAGAUGACCGUCGCAAGAGUACGAGAACUUCUCGAGCUUACGAAGGUCAGAGUGAAGACGACAGGUAUCGUUCUUCCAAACCAGGCAAGGAAUCUCGCAGGCGGGAUUGGUCGCCCUCAGAUGAUGAGAAGGAGAGGCGUCGUACCACAUCAAAGAGGGACAGUAAUAGAAAGCGUUCAGACAGCGACGACAACGACGACCGCCGCAAGUCGAACAGGAAGCAUCGCGACGAUUCAGAAAGUCACUCUGAAGACGACCGCCGCAAAUACACCAAUGGCCGUACUUCAAGUUAUUCCCAGCAGCCAGCACAUGGCUACGUCCCACCCCCUGGGGCCUAUGCGGAGAUUCGUCCAAAAGACUCCCACCACAUGAGCUAUGGUGAUUCUCGCUAUGGGCCGCCUGGAGCCUUUCCAACUUCAUCUGGCCCACCACCAACUCAACGAACACCAUCUUACAGCGGACCCACGGCGCCAGAAUAUGCAAAGGUCGACCAGUACAAGUACGCUCAACCUGACGCAAAUGCCAGCUACAAAUAUAAGGACAGCUCCAGUCAACCUCAAUAUAAUGGACGGAGGCAAGAAUAUGAUCGGUCACGACCUUCAGAUUCCGACAGAAUCAAGGAGAAGAAAUAUUCUGACGACCGUUAUGAGACACGCGAGCCGCAUGAGAGGAAGUAUUACGAAGACGACGAUGAUAAAGACCACAGAAGAAGCAGCAAAUACCAUAGCGAUAAGUAUGGUGCUCCCACAGAGGACAUGACGAAAAACCUAUCCAAGCUCGCAUUUGCUGGCGGCCUUGGUGCUGCCACCCUCGGCGUUGCGACCCAAAUCUCGCAUGAUGGUGGAAAACCGCCUGCUUCACCUUUGCUGGAGGCAUAUAAAGGAACCUAUCAGUCCAUCUCGCCCAUGCCUACAGCGCUGGUCCUCGCAAAUCAUAAAGAUGAUUCGGAUUUGUCAGAUCUCGAUAUUGGCAGAGAUGACGAUAGCGACGAUGAUAUUAAACGCAAAAUUCGCAAACUCGAACGGGAGAAAGCCGAGUAUGAAGCCUCACGGGAGAAAGAGCGGGAGAAAAAGCGCGCGGCCAAUGAGUAUGAGACACGCGAGCCACGUUCAAGCGGUGGACUUGAGACCCGUGAACCUCGAUCGCGUCGCUUGUCCAAUCUUGACACUAGCCUCGAAGUCCGCGAGCCGGGAGGUGUUCGUGACAGAUCUCGAGACAGACGUGGAACUAACGACAUCAUUUCACCAACUACACCGUCGGGCAAGAAGAAGGUUUCGUUCUACGAUCCAACAUCAGAUGCACAACGCAUCGCCAAGGCCCUCCAGGGCACUGGUCCUGCCGACCCACGUCCAUUGCUACAGAUCCUCCCGGGUCUUACCACAGACGAACUCUUUGCCCUACGUGCCGAGUACAAGAAUCACGCAAAGGUACAGGGCCAAGGUAUCAAUAUCGCCAAGCACAUUAAGAUGCGUGUUCCAGGCAACCUGGGCAAAGCCUGCUACACUACCGCCCUUGGUCGGUGGGAGAGCGAAGCCUACUGGGCCAACAGCUUUUAUCAAGGAGGAGCCAGCCGACGAGAGCUGUUGAUCGAAUCGCUUAUGGGCCGGAGCAACCACGACAUCAAGGAAAUCAAGAAUUGCUUCAAAGACAAAAAAUACGGUGACGACCUGGAACGGUGCAUUCGCACCGAGCUCAGAGCCGAUAAAUUUCGCAUGGCGAUCCUGUUGGCACUAGAGGAACGACGCAUGCCAGAGUCAACGCCUCUCGACCCUCGCCUCAUCAAAGCCGAUGUGGGUGCUCUCUACAACGCACUCGAUUCUCAAGGAGGUGAAAGCGACAUGCUGAAGAUUAUUGUGCUGCGCAGCGACAUGCACCUCAGGGAAGUCCUGCGGAUCUUCGAAGGAACCUACGGCAUCCACUUUGCGCGUGCCAUGAUUAGCAAGUCUCGCAAUCUCGUAGGCGAGACCCUUGCCCACAUACUCAACGGUGCGCUGAACCGCCCCAUGCGUGACGCCUUGUUGCUACGUCAGGCGAUCAGCGAAACCGCACCCGGUAAGGAACGCACCGAACUGCUUAUCUCUCGCCUCGUCCGUCUACACUGGGAGCCUAAGCACCUAGACAAAGUCAAGCAAGUGUACCAAGAGAGAUAUCAUGUAGCGGUGCGUCAAGCGAUCAAGAGGGAAGUCUGGGACGGCAUGAGAACACCCGAAGGCAAGCUGUGUGCCGAGUUUUGCAUCGAGUUGGCCGAUUCGACCUAA